AUGAAGCAUUUUCUUCAAUUAAAUGAUUACUUAAAAAAGGCACGGAAGGGAAAAAUAGUUGGUUAUCGAGAAAAAAGAGAAGAUAAGAAAAAUCAGUCCCUUUCUCCUAUGUAUGAAGACACUACCUCUGAGGAUAUUGAUAAAUUGUUAUUUCAAGCCAAAAAGAUUAGUUUGAAAGCCAGUAAAGUAAUCACUAAAAAGAUAAAUUCGGCUUUAGCCGAAUACAACAACUAUGAAGAAUUGGCUACUUCCCUAAUUAAAAUCAUUCAAGAAAGCCAAAACAUUCUUAAAGAAAGUUCUCAACAUGGUAAACAGCAAGAAUAUCCUUACUUCUACAUCCUUCAAAGUUAUUCCCUCCAAAAAUCACAAGUGCUUUCUAAGGAGAUAGUAAAAGAAAAAUGUGAAAAGGUAAUUGCCGACAUUAUUGAGCAAGUUCAAAAUACCGGCUUAGAUUAUCAGAGUAGUCAAGAUUAUAAAGCUAAUUGA